AUGCAGCUGUGGAAGCGGGAGCGGGCGGCGAAGAUGGGAGAGAGCCGCGCCAGGAGCGAGCCGAGGCCGGCGGACAGGAAAGGGUCCAAGGAGAGCGCCGUGCGGCUCAGAGUGCUCUUCCUGGACGACACGGAGCACACGUUCGAGGUGGAGCAAAGGAUCCUCGGAAUUGACUUCCACAACAAAGUAUGCGGAUACUUGAAGCUCCUGGAGAAGGAGUAUUUUGGACUGGAGUUUCGUCACCAUAGUGGCAGCUAUGUAUGGCUCGAGUUGUUGAAACCUGUGAUGAAGCAGCUUAAAAAUACCAGUGAUCAGACCUUCCGCUUCAUCGUGAAGUUCUUCCCUCCGGAUCCUGGACAGCUGCAGAAAAGUUUGACCAGGUACCUGUUCACCCUACAGAUCAGGCAGGACCUGUCCAACGGGAGCCUCACGUGUAACGAUAACAGCGCCGCCCUGCUGGUGUCACAUAUACUCCAGUCAGAGCUGGGUGACUACGAUGAGGAGCUGGACGUGCAGCAUUUGGAGACCAAACAGUACGUCCCGAACCAGGAGUACCUGGACCACAAGAUCAUGCGCUUCCACAAGAGGCACAGGGGCCAGACGCCAGAGGAGUCAGAUGUGCAGCUGCUGGAGGUCGCACGCAAACUGGACAUGUACGGUAUCCGUCCCCACGCCGCUCAUGACGGGGAGGGAAUGAGGCUGAACCUGGCCGUCACCCACAUGGGUGUCCUUGUCUUCCAGCCACUUACAGUACUUUACCUAUACAGCUGGGGCAACACAAAGAUCAACACCUUUAGCUGGGCCAAAAUUCGCAAGCUGAGUUUCAAACGGAAGCAUUUCUUGAUAAAGCUCCAUGCUAAAAUUGAGCCUUCCCACAGGGACACAGUGGAGUUCACCAUGGCGAGCCGUGACAUCUGCAAGGCCUUCUGGAGGAUGUGCGUGGAGUACCAUGCCUUCUUCCGUCUGGCAGAAGAGCCCCAGUCUCGGCAGCGCUCCCUGUUGUCCAGCAAGGGCUCCAGCUUCAGAUACAGUGGCAGAACUCAGAAACAACUGCUGGACUGUGUGGGAAAGGAAGAGAAGAGAAAUCUGCCUUUUGAAAGGAAGCACCACAAGGCUGAUUUCGACUCUCGACACUGCAGAUCAUCUCCAGACCUCCUGACAGAUGUGUCCAAAGAGCAGUAUGACCACGCCCAGGGGUUCACGUGCUCCAGCGCCGCCCAGGGCCGCAAGCCGCAGGACAGGAGCCUGCCGCCUUUCGGGGGGCUUCGCAGCAGAUCUGUUGCGGAGGUUGCGUUUACCACGGAGCAGGAGCGCUCUCGGCCCCAGGUCCCUAAAUCGGGCACUUCCGCCCAACCCCGGUCCGCCUCCUCCGACGCAGACGGGAGACCUGAGCGGCGGGGCCAGGGUGGCCGGCGGCAGCGCCUGGCAGAGGGAUCGAGAGCACGCUCCGUGGCCAACACGCAGCAGCUGGUGCUGCUCUACCCGAACGACCCCCACCUGAAACUGCACCCUGUUCUCCCCACUUUCCCUUUGGCCACCCAGGCCUUCUUGCCAGGGCAGCGCCACACCCUCCGCCCGGCACCCCGGGUUCCCCUAGUGGACGAAGCGGCCCGCUCUUCCACCUUCUCCACACAGUCGUCGCUGUCGCCCCGGCUGCGCCAGCGGCUUCGGCAGGCCCGGCUCGGGCUGUUUGACGGCGCGACGGGGGGCAGCUACGGCAGCCGGCUCGGCUUCAGCAAGCUGGAGAGCGGUCACUACAGCGAUGACUCCAGCUACCAGAGUGGCCUGCCCCGCCGUGCCUGGAGCCAGUCCGACGUAAAGCUCCAGGGGCCCGCUGCUUCCGUCUACGCCUCCGAAUUCCGGCCCUUGGGCCACUAUCCCCACCUGUCCCGACGGCAAGCUCCUGAAAGACCCACAUACCUGCCCCUCGGCCCAGCCUCUCUGUCGGAACGCCCGUCUUCCCUCUGCAUGCUGGGGGCAGGAAGCUUCAGUGAUUCUGACUCAGAGAUUGUGUACCCGUACUACUGCCCCACACUGGGCAUGCUGGUAAGCGCCACUCCUCUCGCACGCAUGCGCCUGUCUUCUGGCAGUCUGCAGCUGGAUGAGGAGGAGGAGGAGGAGGUAGAGGCAGAGGAGGAAGGCCAGGACCCCAAUGACCUGAGUGACAAUGAAGGCACCCAAGCUUAA